UUGAUCCACCUCCCAGUUCCUCCUCCUUCCUCUCACAGAGCGUCUUGGUUCAAAGACGUGUGACUUCUGCAUUGAACUCGUCAGACAGCAGACUGCACUGAAGAAGAAACACUCUCAAAGUGGUGAGUGUCAUGGCAGACCAGUCUGUUAGGAUGGUGACAGCCAUCGUGUUGCAGAGUGUCUUCUUCCUCUCAGGUGAUUCUGCGUCUUGUCAUGACAUUACAGCUCUAUUCAUGACUGCACCAAAACAGAUGGAAGCACUGACUGGAUCUUGUUUGCAAAUUCCAUGUAACUUCAGAGUUAAAUCAGGAAAUGAAUUAAACAGCAAGACAACAAUCUUUGGAGUGUGGAUUAAAAAUAGUCCUUACGUUGGCAAAUCUCCCAGUGAGGUGAUUUUCAACAGUAGUGGGACAGUUUCCACAUAUCCGAUGAGUUUUACAGGAGACCUGAGACAGAAAAACUGCACCACUUUGUUUUCUAGUUUAAACACAACAUACACAGGCAGAUACUACUUAAGGGUUGAGAACCGACCAUUUCUAGCAACAGACGAAUGUGAUCAGCUUCUAAUAACAGUUAAAGAUUCUCCUCCAAAGCCCAGCAUUGAGAUCCCAGGUGAUCUGAAGGAGAAGGAGUCUGUCUCUAUAAGCUGCUCAGCUUCCACUCCCUGUCCACACUCUCCUCCUCAACUCACCUGGAACCUCCAACCAGACUCUCACAACAUGAUGGAGGAAAACACAGAUGGAACCUUCACAACUAAAAUCCAGAAGAGCAUCACUCUGUCACAUGAACAUGAUGGAUUCAUCAUCACCUGUUCUGCCAGAUAUCCUGUGAAUGAAGGAAAAGGUGUGAAGACGUCAGAGGAGACAAAGACUCUCAGUGUUUCAUAUGCUCCCAAGAACACCUCAGUGUCCAUCAGUCCAUCAGGUCUGGUGUCAGCAGGUAGCUGGGUGAACCUGACCUGCUCCAGCAGAGCCAAGCCUCCUGUGAACUUCACCUGGUUCAAGACCAGCAGAGAUGGACCAAAUAAUCAAUCAAUAUAUCAAUCAAUCAAAGUAUCUGAAGGAGCCUUUUACAGCUUUAAAGUCACUGAUGGAGGAGUUUAUUACUGUGUGGCCACCAAUCAGCUUGGUAAUCAAACAUCCUCAGAGAUCCAUCUGAGUGUUACAGGUGGAGUUAAUUAUCUACCAUUGGGUUCAGUUCUUGGAGGAAUCAUUGGGAUCAUUGUGCUCAUCGGCCUGGUUGUCUUUGUUUGGCGUUUGAAGUCACCACAUCCAACUGCAUAUCAGAGUCAGAAUCGGACUGUUGGAGAGACAGUGACAACAGAAGAAGAAGGCGUCCACUAUGGAGAGAUUAACUUCUCGAGGCUCAGACCUGGACCGUCCUCUGUCUCUGAGCAGGACAGUGGACAGCAGCAGGACACGCUGUAUGCGCAGGUCAAAGUGUCCCAGGCAGCAGACAACGUCACACGGACUGCUGACGUCCCAGAGGAUCUCUACGCUCAAGUGAAGACAAAAUGAGCCUUUUCUUCACAUUUGGGUUUCAUUCUUAAUGUGAUUUUUACAUUAUAAACAAGUUUCUUCAUACUUUUGACACAUUGAUGAUUUGAUCAGUACAAAUAAAACACUGUGCUGUUCAUAUAUCAACCUGUGCUUUAAGAUUUUAUCUUUCUUUAUCCUUGUGGAAGAGUUUUUUCUUUGUAUUUUUAUUGAGCUAUUUCGUUGUUGUUUUUUACAUAUUUAGCAUCAACCACGUUUUAUUGUACCGUUUCUUCUUAAAAAAAAAUGUACUGAAGUUUUUUAUUAUUAAUUGAAACGUAAUUAAAAAAUAUA